AUGUCGUUGGACCUGCGAGCAGCUUCAUGCAUGCUCAGCGAAGAGGAGCUGACAAGAGCGGGUCUUGGUUCUUCCCUGAAGAAAUGUAUGACGGUAACAGGUGGAGGUUAUCUUCCCCAUCCAGUGGUGAGAGCCCAAGUAAAUCCUAUUCCCUCUAGAAGAAAAAACAAACUUUCUGCACCAUCCUCAUUCAGUCAAUUUGGCUCAUGCAGGAUUAUUAUAGACUGUACUGACAUAGAAGUGGCUGCUCCUGGAUUGAUGAGCCAACAAAAUGCCACAUACUCAUCGUACAGAGGAAUGAACUCUUUCAAGGUGAUUAUUGGUGUUACACCAAAUGCUGUCAUCACUUAUUUCAGUAAUUUAUAUCCAGGAUCCAUUUCAGACAAGGCUAUUGUUCAGCAGUCUUGUCUGGUAAAUCAUUUCAGUGGUGGUGACAUGAUCCUUGCUGACAAGGGGUUUCUUAUCCAGGAUAUUCUACCCAAUGGUGUCUCUUUUAACAUUCCACCUUUCCUAAACAGUGGAACAUUCACAGAAAGUGAGGCAAAGGCAACCAAGGCUGUAGGCAAAUGCCACAUCCAUGGAGAGAGAGCCAAUGCUAGACUGAAAGACUGUAGAAUUUUAAGAGAGUGUCUCUUACAAUGGGGAGUUAACAAUGAAGAGGAAGCUAUCAAGGCCUUCACCUUGAAAACAGGGAAAACAGUUAAAGAAACUGGAAUCUGGUUUCAUUCCUCUGGUAUUCUUGGUGCUUCCCCUGAUGGGAUUGUUGACCAUGAAACUACUAAGGAAGAAGAGGAAAUGAUCAAGGGAGAGAUAUCAGGCCAUAACGUUUCUGUCAUAUAUGAUGGAACCACGUGA